CUGCAGUGAAGAAAGGCGCUGACCUGAGAUGGCGGCUGCUCAGAAGGACGGCAAGUCAGGCAACGCGACUUUCCUCAUCAAUUUCCUUGCUGGCGGUGUGAGCGGCGGCGUGAGCAAGACCGUGGUGGCGCCUUUGGAGAGGGUCAAGCUGCUGCUGCAAGUGCAGGUGAACCAGAUCUGUUCAUCACGGUCACACAAGCAGGCAGAUCCAUGUGUUAUCACUUUUGUGUGUUGUGUGUUGUGGGUGUGGGUGUGGGUGUGUUGCGUAGGAUGCGUCGACUCAGAUCGGCGAUGGCGGGACGAAGAAGUACAAGGGCUUCGUGGACUGCUUUGUGCGGGUCUACCACGAGCAGGGCGUCGUCUCAUACUGGAGGGGUAAGUGAGUGGGGGACCCACCACACACAGCCCCCAACGUCAACACAAUCACAAGCCCGGACAGCCAUGUAUCCCCUCUUUGGCGCUGUUUGUGUGCGUGUGUGUGUGUGCGUGUGUGUGUGUGCGUGUGUGUGUGUGUGUGUGCAGGCAACUGGGCGAAUGUGCUGCGUUACUUCCCCACUCAGGCGUUGAACUUCGCCUUCAAGGAGAAGUACCAGAAGUUCUUUGUGCGGCACGAUCCCAAGACAGACUUCUGGAAAUUCUUCAUGGGCAACCUCGCAUCAGGCGGGGCCGCAGGUCAGUCACUCAGGCAGACAGAAACAAACACAAGUGUCGUGUGUAUGUGUGUCAUUUUAUGGCUGCAGGUGCGACAUCCCUGUUGUUUGUGUACCCGCUGGACUUCGCACGGACGCGGCUGGGUGCCGAUGUGGGCAAGGCGGCGCAGGAGAGGCACUUCACGGGCCUCGUCGACUGCUGCGGCAAGAUAUUCAAACAGGCACACAAUCACACUGACCACACCACACAGAGCAAAGGAGAGAGUCACUCUUGCAAACACUCAUGCCCUGUUGCCUCUUGUCUGUCUUUAUGCAGGACGGCGUGAGAGGUCUGUACUACGGGUUUGGCGUGUCCGUGGCGGGUAUCAUCGUGUAUCGCGCCGCCUUCUUCGGCCUCUACGACACCGCCAAGGCCAUGCUCUACCGCGACCCCAAGAAGAGCAACCCACUCGUCUCAUUCACACUCGGCCUGGCCGUCGAGACCGCCGCGGGCGUCGUCGCAUACCCCUUCGACACGGUCAGGCGGCGGCUGAUGAUGCAGGCCGGGAGGGCCGAUGUGCUGUACUCGUCGACCAUGGACUGCGCCAGGAGGAUACUCGUAAGAGAGAGAGAGAGAGGGACAAACCAAGAUGCCAAGAUGCCUACCUGACUGUGUGUGUGUGUGUGUGUUUGUGUUCAGACGGAGGAGGGCGCUGCAGCGUUCUUCAAGGGCUGCUGGUCCAACGUGAUGCGUGGGGUCGGCGGGGCGAUCGUCCUUGUCCUUUACGACGAGAUCAAGAAGGCCAUACCAGCAUGACACCCCUCUGUUGUUCUCUUUCUCUUCUCUGUUCUCUCUUCUGACUCCUCCCUCCUCUUGAGCACGAUCCCGCCUCAUGACCUCUUCCCUCUGAAUGAAUGAGUGAUGCUGUAGAGAUGUACAGCUGCUAGGCCAGACUGCAUUCAUUGCAUGGAUGGAUGAGUCCGUACGAUCCCGCAUUGCCGACCGGCAGUUUUGACUGACUGACUGAUUGGCCUCGACGCGGUGACAGGAAGGGCUGGCUGCCGAUCAGGGCGCUGUGCUAUGUUUUCCGCUAGGCGUCAUAAGGCGCCGAGCCUCACUGACAGUUUGUUCCAUGUAUUUUUGACACACACAGCCAGCCAGCCAGCCGGCCAGCCGACACGCUGAAGAUGCGUGGAGCACUUGCAUGUUUUCAAGACGAGGCCAAGGUAUCAAUGGGCCAUAUGUGGAUGGGUGUGUGUGUCGAGCGUUGUGAUUUUUGACUUCCUCCUAUUCGUGUGUUGCCUUGGUUUCGUAGACUUCUGCAAGCGACGCACUGACGUCCUCGCCCAGACAUCAUUGUUGCUGUCAGUUGGCGUUAACGG